AUGUGCAGGCCUGAACAACCACUCUGCUGCCUGACGGAUCCUGCGAUGUUUCCCAGGCAACUGUCUCAUACAGCCUGUCUGCCUGGCAUUCCCACACCCCAUAAAUGCCACCGUGCCUGGCUCCAGGCAGCUUUGCCUGCUUGCCUCAGGGUGCUUGAAGAGAGAACUCCUUCAGGUGUCCGCAGUUUGGGGUGCCACAAAGGGGAGAUGGCACUCGGCAGAGUGGGCAGUGGGGGAGUCUGGAGGCCAAGAGAGCUGGUCCGGGUCGGAGGGCGGGUCGGGUUGCACGUCUCACUUCCGCCGGACGCUCUUGGGAAAAGGAUGGAGGAGGAGCAGAGGCUCCGGGGGAGGCUGAGCCGCCGCAGGCCGCCCGCAGGGGGCGGGGCCCCCAACUGCCCGCCCUGGUUUCUCUUGGAGGACCGUCAGAGAGAGCCAUGGGCUGCCCUGCUGCGUAGCACUGUGAGCGGGAACGUGCAUUUGACCCCGAAAGUCGAGCCAUUGCCAACACUGCCAGCUUUGCCCAGCCAGGAGUCUCUGCCUGACCCAGAGCCCACAGUGCCUCCUGAGGUCUUCACUGUGGGAUCCAAGACUUUUUCCUGGACGCCUUUUCCGCCUGCCCUUGGUGGUUCUGGAAACUCCUACGAGUUGUUCCGCGGGAUUGGAGGCUCCCUGGGGUCACCCACUCCACCCCUGAAAGGAUAUUCUGCACCAGAUUCCCGUCAGACUCCCAGCACGGAAGAGUGUGUGUCCGUGCAGAGUCCACCCGUGUUGCUGAACUGCCCAUUGUGCCAGAAAGCAUUUGACCCGAAGCUAGCCCAGCUGGAUGUGGAUAGCCACCUUGCUCAGUGCCUGGCUGAAAGCACAGAAGACGUGGUGUGGUGAGCAGCAGGAGACGUAGCGUGGUGAUGUGACUGCUGGGACGUGUUCGUGUGGACAUCCGAGCACGGGAGUCUUCUGGUUUCGCUCGUGGGCACUGAGAAUAAUGCUGAUCGCUGUGGUGCAGACAGCAGCAGGUCCCUACCAUGGUUCCUCUCAUUGCCGACUUAACUGGGUUUAGAAUCACCUAUCAGACAGACCUCAGGCUGUGUCUGUGGAGCUGUCUCCAGGGAUUAACUGAGAAUGGAAGACCCACCUUGGAUGUGGGUGGUGCUGUCCUGUGGCCUGGGGUCUCACUGAAUGAAAAGGGAAAAAGGAGAAAUUGAGCUGCUUCCUUACUGGGGACGGAUGCUCUUCUGACCUGGCCACCAGAGCUACAGCAACAUUUGCUGCUGUGCCUUCCCUGCUGCGAUGGACCGCACUUCAGCCAUGAGCCAGAAUAAAUCUUUUCUUAAAAAAUUAUUUAUUUAUUAAUUAUGUAUACUACAUUCUGCCUCCAUGUAUGCCUGCAGGCCAGAAGAGG